AUGGCUAGAGAAAUUCGGAAAAUUUAUGAUGAUCCAAAUUGCCCAUUUAGCUGGGCAAAAGUUUUAAUUGUAGAUAAAGGAACUGAAUAUAUAAGUGAGUAUAGGGAUUUAUUUCUCAGACAUGGUGUGAGAAUUCAGUAUGCUAAAUCUAAACAAAGUGUAGCUAUUACUAAGCAAGAUUACCAAAAAUUUGAAAAACUUGUCUUUUUUCAUCAAAAUGCUAUAGACUUAUAUUUACCAUUGACUAAUAGAUCUAGAGAGUGGGUUGUCAGCCUUCAUAUUAACAAUGAUAAAUAUAAUGAUUUUCUUACAAAGUUAAUACACAUAUUGCCUAAUGAAGCUGUAAAAAAAUCAUUAGAAGGUGAGAAAAUCUUUGCAGAUCCAGCUGUCAAGCACAAAAGGCCCAUAGGUUAUGAUGAACACCUCCUAUUAUCUAAUGUUAAAGUUCGGCAUCUAUUAGAAUCUGGUGAACUAGAAGGCUGA